AGUGCGCGCGGAAAACACCGCUGGGGAAGGCUAGUUAGUAGUGAUCACGCUGUUCCAUCUCAACAAAAACUUAAAAAGAAACAUCUUCGUAUAUGUGUCAUGGCCGUUCCGUUAAGAUGUCCAGCACCCUUGAUUCUAUUUUGCGAUUGAGCGCGUGUCGGGUUGGGGUGGGGGACUGGUGGGGGACAGGCUGGCUGUCAUGGCGGGAUCCAGUGGUGUUUUGUUCUCAUAACAGAGCGGCUCAGCUGGUGAGGAGUUGGAAGUUGAUGGCGCGUCAAAGAUUCAAUGAUCAGCUUCCCGGGGGAAUAUUGGCAGAACAAAUAUAUGAUUCUGAUCAUUGAAUGAGUGGGGCUGGGUAGCGGGAUACCAGAGUCGAUCGCGGAAAGGAUGAGUAGCGCAGUGUUCAGUGUGGUAGUAGCCCACGCUAGUUGCUGAGAAUCUAUACACCCCCGAGACAGACUGUGGAUUUGCUGCAAUUUGCCCAUACU